AUCAAUCUCUGUCCAAUUAAGCUGUCUAGUGCAAAGAAUUCUAGACCAUAGCAUCAAUUCUCUAAUAUAGGUCCUAGCAAUGGAAUUGGAAAACCCUCCAUUUGGGUUCACCCUAGCAGCUGCUGCAACAUUUGCUUAUGCAAUAUGGUUCUAUCUGCUAGCCAAGAGGUUAAGUGGUCCAAGGGUAUGGCCUCUGGUCGGUAGCCUACCAUUUCUUUUCAUGAACCGGAGGAGGAUGCAUGAUUGGAUUGCUAGUAAUCUUCGAGCAACGGGUGGUUCAGCCACCUAUCAAACAUGUACCAUUGCUGUUCCAUUUUUGGCUCGCAAGCAAGGGUUCUACACUGUCACUUGUCACCCCAAAAACAUUGAGCACAUUCUCCGGACCCGGUUCGAUAAUUACCCCAAAGGGCCUCAUUGGCAGGCUGCAUUUCAUGAUCUUUUGGGGCAAGGGAUCUUCAACAGUGAUGGAGAAUCGUGGCUGAUACAGAGGAAAACUGCAGCACUUGAGUUCACGACCAGGACACUCAGGCAAGCCAUGGGUCGUUGGGUUAAUAGGACUAUCAAGAAUCGUCUAUGGUGUAUUUUGGACAAAGCAUCAAAUGAGAAGAAAGCAGUGGAUUUGCAAGACUUGUUGCUUCGUUUAACCUUUGACAACAUUUGUGGGCUUACAUUUGGCAAAGACCCACAAACACUUUCUCACGAGUUACCAGAUAACCCUUUUGCUACUGCUUUCGAUACAGCCACUGAAGCAACUCUUAAUAGGCUUCUUUACCCUGGUUUACUAUGGAGAUUGAAGAAGAUUUUGGGGAUAGGAGCUGAGAAAAGAUUAAAGAGUAGCCUCCGAAUCGUUGAAAACUACAUGAACGAGGCCAUUGAAGCACGAAAAGAAGCUCCAUUGGAUGAUCUACUGUCCCGUUUCAUGAAGAAAAAAGAUGCUGGGGGAAACCUUUUCACAAGCACCGUUCUUCAAGGCAUCGCUCUGAACUUCGUCCUCGCUGGUCGUGACACCUCUUCCGUAGCCCUCAGCUGGUUCUUCUGGCUCGUAAUGAACCACCCAGAGAUUGAGCAAAAGAUCAUCGAUGAAAUAUCAAGGGUUCUCCGCAACACCCGCGGCCCAGAUACCAAGAAAUGGAUGGAAGAGCCACUGAUGUUCGAUGAAGCAGACAAGCUGAUAUAUCUGAAAGCAGCAUUAGCUGAAACACUGCGGUUAUACCCCUCGGUUCCUCAGGACUUCAAGUACGUUGUCGAAGACGAUGUGUUACCAGAUGGCACAUUGGUUCCCGCUGGCUCCACCGUCACAUAUUCAAUAUACUCAGUUGGAAGAAUGAAGAGUAUAUGGGGAGAAGAUUGCAUGGAGUUUAAGCCCGAAAGAUGGCUAUCAGCAGAAGGUGACAAGUUCGAGGCACCAAAGGAUGGUUACAAGUUUGUGGCGUUCAACGCUGGACCAAGGACUUGUUUGGGCAAAGACUUGGCUUACUUGCAAAUGAAGUCGGUGGCCUCCGCAGUUCUGCUGCGUUAUCGGGUUUCGCUGGUUCCUGGACACAGGGUGGAGCAGAAGAUGUCUCUCACACUGUUUAUGAAGAAAGGUCUUCGUGUUUACUUGCAGCCGCGUCUACUUGCAUAGACAAAUUGUACUGAUCUCUUAACUUUGUAUUUGCCACCUCUUAUACUAUUAUUAUAUACAGGAAAUUAAAGCAUGCAUGGAGGAUA